AUGGCUCUUACUUAUCGUGAUGGCGUCGCCGUGGCGGAGCUGAUUUGUUAUUGCCCUUCCGCUAUUAUUGGAAUCUAUCUCACUCUGAUCAAUGAGUUUCAUACUACUGGCUGGAUCGACAUAUUUUUAUUCUCGGCUAUCCGUAUUGUUGGCUCUGCCAUUCAAGUGGAGGCAAAAAAUCAUCCUGGGACAACCAAAUUGUACACCGUUGCAUCCAUAAUGAACUCCAUAGGCCUUGCGCCUCUCCAAGCAGGCUCAUUAGGAUUUCUCAAUCGUCUUAGCGAGAAUAUUGGUGGCAAAACUCAGAGCCAGGCGCAAAAGUACAUGUUUCGCAUUAUACAAAUGCUCAUCAUCACUGGUCUCAUUUUGGGCGUUGUAGGGGGCAUCAAAGCUGGAAAUCAGAUCAAAAAUACAGGCACAUUUGCUAUCGGAAGUAUUGGCAAGAUUGGCACUGGGUUCUUAAUUGGUGCAUAUGCCGCAACUCUUGUUGUCGCUGCAAGUUUGCAUAGAGUUGUCUCUUUUGCCGACCGCAAAUAUCGGCGCCUUUUUUGGGCAGUAAUUGCUGCGGCAUUUCCUCUUGCGGUCCGUCUCGUUUACGCAAUCCUGGCGACUUUGACCGAUGAGAAGAAAUUCAAUUUCAUCACGGGUAAUGUCACAGCCUGGCUGUGUCUUGCUGUCAUACCCGAGUUUCUUGUCAUUCUUAUCUAUAUUAUACUGGGCGUCUCUUUG